GAUUCCACUUGAAACUUCCGAGGACUUCAUAUAGUGGUUUAGAUCGCACUGGUAGUACUUUGUAGUUCGACGCGUAUGGAUAGACAAUUGUUUCGUUUCCUAGUCUGGCGUUUAAAGCUUUCUAGUUACUAGCCUUCGGCGGUAUUCACUGUGUUUUGGUUUCAUAACGGUCCAUCUAUCUCAACCGAGUGUUUUGGUUUUUUCUUCAAGUGGUGUGUGUAUAAUUCAAAUCAUGUCUCAAUUACAAACAAAAUUCAUGUUGAAGAACAAGUGAGAAUUUGGAUUUCAAUAAUUUUUUUCAAAGCGUUAUGUGGUUGAUUAUGGUAUCUGUGGCUUGGUUAGUGGGUACAACAAUAGGAGUUCCAUGCGAAGAAGCACGAAUGCGAUGCGCCUACAGAGAUGGAUGUGGAAGGGUUCUACAAAAAUAUAUAGUUGACUGUUCAACAGUUUUACAAGGUGAUAGAUUUCCCACUAAUUGUCCAGAAAUAUGCCAAUAUACACUUAUUGCCCUCACAUCUACUGAAGAAGGAAUGGAAUUGAUGGACUGCGAAUGUGGUGACAAAUAUUGUGAGAAUCAAAAACAACGUACUGAAGUUUGUAGACCGGCGGUUUUACAUUCUAUACAUUCCUCAGUAGUGCCAUGUACAGUAGCCCAAUGGAUUUGUAUGGCUGAUACACAGUGUUCAAAAGCUUUCGAAUAUUAUAAAGAAUAUUGCAAAGCCAUGUUCCAUGGCAAGAAGUGUACAGCAAGAUGUAAUAACUCCAUUAAUAUUUUACGGAAGCAAGAGAAAGCUGCCAAACUGAAGACCUGUAAAUGUGAUGGUUUCGAAGAUUACGAUUGUCAUGGUAUUCAACGAAAUAUGGAUAAACUAUGUUUCCACAAGCAUUCCAAACAUCGUAAUCAAACACAUCACGAAAAUAAAGAAGACGAAACUCCGACCGUUAUAAUUACCAGCAGUGCAUUUCAAGCAACGAUUAGUUGGUCAUUUAUAGUUUUAUUGGUGUCAUUAGUUACCUAAACGAUAUACUUUUGUGACUCAAAUUUUAGUUAUCUGUUGAAUCUACCUCUUUAGAAUUAAAACGUAUUUAUUUAUUUGAGAAAGUUGUGAUAUUUAAGCUAUCAAACGAAAACUAAAAAGCCAUAUCGAAGCUGCCUCGGAGGAAUGGAAUAGGAAUUUCAGUUGAAGCAAGAUGAUCGCUCAAAGUUUAAAACACAAAUCAUUUAUUAAAACAGACCAAAAAUUAGAAAUAUUUAUUCAAGAAAAUAAACAAGACAUUCAACUUUUUUCCAAUAUGAUGUGAAAAAGAUGAAAAUAAUGUUAGAAGUUGAAAUAAAUUAUAGAAUAGAUCUUUUAUAAUGGAAACAUAUAUUUAGACGUUAAUUUCAUUCUAUCAUCAAUUGUUUCUACUUUACCAGUUGGUUAAAAAAUUUGUUUAUCUUAAGAAAAAUACUGUUAAAUAAUGAAUGCAACCAGAAAAACCAACAUACCCAAACUAAUAUAUCUUUCUUAUAUAUGCCAUAUAUGUAGAAAAGUAUCCAAUAAGAUACGCCUUUUUUUCUGUUUUAAGAUAAAAACAAAAUGCAGGUUUUAUUUGAUAGAAAUCCAAAAAAAAUUAUAUGAAUAUACAUUUAUUUAAUUUCUUAUUUUUUAGACCUUUUAUAUACGUUUAUGUUUGUAAAUCGUCUUGAUUUUAGGUCCCUUCUGUUAUAAUAUUAGUUUUUUUCCAACUGCGAACCACUGGUUAGGUAGAAAUCAAUCUUAUCGCCGAUAAUGUAGAUUUCGAUGGUAAAUGAGAUGUAGUUCGCAGUUGAAAGGGACGAUGGCAGCAGAUAGCGUUCGCUGGGAGAUCUUCAACUACAUGAACCAAAUAUACCACUUUGUUUGGUAUACCACUCUGAUGAGACGUAAUAACAUCGAAACUAGUCAGUGGUUACACACCUCUCCUUGCUAUUGCAAGAAAAUGGGGAAGUUAAUAGGUCGAUUGACGAUAGAAGAUGUAAUUCAAUAUUCGUCGAUGCAUUAACUCUUUGAAGAACGGCAGCAUACAUUUUCAAAAUGUUAAAUUUUGAAAGUAUUUCAUAGGUGAUUAGUAGAAAUCAUUUAUUUUGAUAUAUAUAAUAUAUUGUAAAGAAAUGUAUUUGGUUUUCGGUCUCCUUUAAUAAUAAUAAUUUAAAUUAUUCUUAGUUACAUUGAAAUAUGUAAAAUAGAAUUAUAAAUUAUGCUAAAAUUGUUUAGAUCUUCUUAAUCUUUAAUAUCCUUGUUUCUACGUAAUCGAUUUUUCAUUUCAAAUUAACUAUUAAAUAAACAUUGAGGACUAAAACAAUAAAUGAUAAUUUAUAGAUGAAUCAUUAAAAAUCGAUACGGUUUCCUGUAGUUAUAAAUUGUAUAAUAUUUUUUGUCAAAUGAAAUAAACAUGAAUUAAAGCUCAAAUAUCGUGAAUUUUUAUGAAUAGGAGAGUAAUAAAAUGAUGCAGCAUUUACAAAUUAAAUUCCUGAACGCAAUCAUAAUAUUUGACAAUUUGACAACCAAGUACCUCAGACAAAGAGUGCAUCCUUUGAGACAUUUCAAGUUAUGUGCUCUUUUGACAUUCAGUUUUUUGGGUUAUUGGGUAUGAGAUUUACGCAUCUAACGAGGAUUAUUACGUGACCAGUAUCUACAAUUAUUACGUUUCCAUUAAUACAAAAAGUGUCCUUAUCGCAAAACAUAACAUUAUUUUAAAAAAUUGGAUCGUUUUAUUGUAACAUUUUUCCAUCAAACUCUUCAGAAUCGUCAUCUGACAACUCUUGAACCAACCAUACUUUGUAUGGAUGGAAUUUAUUAUCACGUAAAAUUUUCAUUACGGAUAUUGUCGAAAUAUCAAGUUCCCUGGAUAUUUGUCUAGUUCUCAAAUGUGGAUCGUCUUCUAAUAGGACACAAACAUCUAAAGAUUUGUUUCCAGUUGAUGUAGUUUCUUUAAUCUAUUCUACUAAUUUACUGACACUAGAUCUUGUUAUGGGAUUUCGGUUAGGAUAUAAAUUAUUAAAGAUAUUAUAUGUUGACUUCUACACCUAUCACCAUAUCCUAAUAUCAUUAAAACAUCGAUUAGUUAUUUUUCAUAUAAACGAUCCAUUGUGACUUUCAAUAAACUUCAACAGUAACAAUUCAUUUAAACGUCAAAUUUAUUAUUGUAGCAGUCAUAGCCACCUAAAUGUAUUAUUUUAAGUUCGGCGGAGAUUUAGCUGUAAUUCCGAAAUUACGGCAUUUAGAUAUAGGUAACAUUAGAUGAAAAAUAAUAAGUAUUCCUUUAUAAUUUUCAAAAGCGAGAAAUAUACAGGGUGAUCUAUUUGAUAUAACAAAGUUCAUUAUUUUUCCGGAAAAAAGAGAGAUCUGACAACAAUGUAAAUACAUAAAACUCACUCUGUAUAAUUUUUCAUAUUCAUAGAAAUGAGAAAUCCAUCAAUAAUAAAAAAGCGUAAAGAAUUUGUGCAAAAAUGAUGUUAUUUCAUGAAUUCCAUUGUGACUGUGACAGUUGGAAUUAAAGGUUGCUUCUUAUAUGAGUGUAUUAUUUUAAUAAAGACUGAUUUUAGAUCGACACGUUACAAAUAUUUACUCAUAAACCUAAACCUAAAGACCGCUCAGCCACGAAACAUUUAAAAUGGUUUAGAAAUUGAGAAAUUGAAGAAGUAUAAAUUUCUUUGUUCAUAAAUUGUUUCGAUUUUAUGUCUAUUUAAUUCGAAACUUUGAUUCUGAACAGAUCAAAAUAUUGAUGUAUUGACCCAGGAGCUUCGGUCUUUAUCAAUUAUUUUUACACACUGACAAUUUGCGUGAUUAAGAAUCAUGAAUUUCACUCAAAUUGUGUAGGUAUUUAUGUGUCGACGCUAGAGAAUAAUGCAAACGUAGAAUUACCCGCCCACCCCCUAUGAAAAAUAUAUUUUCAAAAAACAAACAAAAAAGUCACUAAGCUGAGGAGAGUCGCUUACUAGAGCUCUCUUUUGGUUUUCUUCUGGCCAAUGAUCGUUCGCUUUUCCUCCUUUCUAGCGAGUACAGCAAACACAACCCCAUGCAACCUAACCCCAGCUCUGCAGAAGAGCAACUCCUAUAUCAGGGCCAACCCAACAAACCUUCCUCCUAUUCCAAAUUUCCAUUAUCCUAUCAAAAAAUUUUUCCAACGAAAUCCUCUCUCUAUUUCUGUGAAUU